AUGUCUUCCUCCCGGAAACCCAAAGUCCAAAUUCUACUCUCCGUGGAUUUCGAUGCCGUCUCGGGCUUUCUAGGCACUGGUGCUUCGGCUACAACCAAUCUAGCCGAUUACAGCAGUGGCUUUUUCGCAGGUCAAGUCGGAGUUCCACGCUUAUUACGCCUGUUUGAGAAACAUGGAAUUAGUUCCUCGGUGACUUGGUUUGUGCCCGGUCAUUCAAUGGAAUCAUUCCCAGAAGAAACCAAUGCAAUUGUUCAGUCGGGCGCCGAAAUCGGUUGCCAUGGAUAUGCGCACGAGGGCUCCAGUCAAAUGACCGAAUCACAGGAGAGAGAAGUCGUCGCCAAAUGUGUGCAAUUGGCAACCGACUUGACCGGAAAGAAACCUCGAGGAUGGAGGGCGCCAUUAUAUCAAUUACGAACACACACCAUUCAAGUUCUAGAAGAGUUUGGAUUUUUAUACGAUUCCUCUCUCACGCAUCAUGAUUCGUCGUUGUACUUUAUCCCUCGAAUGUCAGAACCCACGGCCAUUGACUUUUCACCUUCCAAAUCUGCUUCUACUUGGAUGAAACCCCUUCCUGCCCCUGGAGCCAGGACUCCCCAGACUUUGGUUGAGAUUCCAUGCAAUUGGUAUAUGGAGGACAUGACACCCCUUGGUUAUCUGCCAGCGGCCCCAAACUCGCAUGGAUUUGUCAGUCCGACCACCAUUGAGCAGAAUUGGAAGUCGCGAUUCGCAUUCCUCUACAGUGAGGCUCUCGAAAAAUCAAUUGAGGAAGAUUCUGAGCAAGGCUUUGUUUUCCCUUUGGUCCUACACCCCGAUACUAGUGGAAUGGCCCAUGUGAUUGGGAUGAUUGACCGAAUGAUUUCGUGGCUCAAACAGCAGGGAGAUGGGGUUGAAUUUGUGACAUAUGGCGAUUGUGCAGCCGAGUGGAAAAAGAAUGUUUGA